AUGGCAGAGGAGGACGCUUCGGGCCAGUUUCUGUGCCCACCCAAGGACAAAGAAGAAUACCCCCCGGUAUACCGGCAGCACUCCGCAUAUAACCCCCUUUAUACCUUCCGCCUCCCCUCCGGUAAAACGAGACACUAUCAACAGCAGUAUGCUGAUAUAUACUUCUUACGACUUGCAAGGCUGAAGCCUGCUGUUGCGGAAAUUGCGGCUGCUGAAUGGGAAGAAUUUACGAUUGCUGGUGAAAAUGCCCGAAGGGUUGACAGAGUACUAGAUGUAAGGCAGGGCGAACUCUGCUGGGUUGUGGGAACUGUGUACAUGGACCUACCUCUGAAACCUAAUAUUCUAGAUGAUAUCUCUAAAGAGCACUGGACGGCGGCUCCUCCUUCCCGGAAGACCUAUUUGGACCCAUCAAACCAAGGCGGUACUCAGACUAUGCUGGAAGAUGGAUCUGGGCGGCUGCGGCUGACCGGUACUUUACUGCAGUCAGCUCUUCUAGUUACUGGUGCAGUAGUCGCCGUGCUUGGAACGGAAAAUGCAAAUGGUGAUUUUGAAGUUGUAGAUGUGAAGGUACCCGACCUGGCACCUCAGCCUGCCCGAUGGGAAAGCCAAUAUGCAGAUUCAGCAUCUGGAAAGAGAAAAAGAAGUCCAAGUGAGACUCCUGUUGAUGGGCCUAGGAAGAAAAUUGCGCUGCUUAGCGGAUUGGGAAUCACGGGCACCUCCGGAGACACAGUAGCUUUGACUCUUUUGACCGAUUAUCUUCUUGGCUAUGGUGAAGGCUAUGGUAAUGUUGGCACUGGAUCUUCUCCCAUACGGUCCGCCCAGAUAUCCCGCCUUAUAAUCGCAGGCAAUUCUCUCGGCAGCAGUGUACCUCCUAGUCUUGAAGAACAGGACGAAGAUGCCGCAGUGAAGAAAAGGCGUCAAGCAAAGAAAUAUGGAUAUGACGCAUCAGCCUACAACGCAUCACCGAUUACUCAUUUGGACAAUUUUCUAGCCGAGAUCUUGCCCAGCAUUCCGGUUACCAUUAUGCCAGGUGAAAAUGAUCCGGCAAAUUUCGCUCUUCCUCAACAAGAAAUUCACCGUGCAAUGCUCCCUCGCUCAAGAAACUACUGUUCCGCUCCCCGCUUGGGCAUUGAUGAACCACCGUCUGAACCUGGAUGGCUGGAUACGGUGACUAACCCAUGGCAAGGCGACGUUGAAGGCUGGAGAUUAUGGGGCUGUAGCGGACAAAAUGUGGACGAUGUACUCAGAUACAUGUCCCUGGAUGACGAUCAAACUGAAAAUGGACAGGAUAUAGAGGGGGAUACGCGGUUACGGCUCAUGGAGGCCAUGUUGAGAUGGAGAUGUGCCGUCCCAACCGCUCCGGAUACGAUAUGGUGCUAUCCCUUUCAGGAUAAAGAUCCAUUCGUGCUGCAAGCAUGCCCACACGUAUUUUUCACUGGGAAUCAGCCAGCAUUCAGGACAACGGUUAUCGAGAAGUCCGUUUCUGCAUCGUCGAUGGAUGUAGAAGGAGAUCAGCCUUCGAAAGUGAGACUUCUGGCUCUCCCUAAGUUUCGUGAAACUGGAGAGUUGGUAUUGUUAGACGCGGAAACGUUGGAGGUGGAAGUUGUUAAGUUCGGGACGUGGCAGAGCGUGAAAGAAGUCGAAUCGUUAGAUGCGCCUGUCAAUGACUCGCAGGCCUGA